AUGCCGACUCGCCAUGAUUAUCGAAUCGGCUGGAUAUGCGCCCUCCCACUGGAGCUGGCGGCGGCGCAAGCCAUGCUGGAUCGAACUCACCCCCAGCUACCGAACGCAGCAGCAGAUCGGAAUAACUAUAUUCUCGGAAGCAUCGGCGCCCAUAACGUUGUGAUCACUUGUCUUCCUGCUGGUGUAUACGGCACCACCUCCGCAACAGCGACUGCUAUACAGAUGCGGUUCAGUUAUGAGUCGAUUCAGUGGUGUCUACUGGUCGGCAUUGGGGGAGGCGUAGGCAUAUCAGGUGCCAAAUUGGAUAUUCGACUGGGCGAUGUCGUGGUUAGUGAGCCGACGGUGCAUUAUGGCGGAGUGAUUCAAUACGACUACGGAAAAGCAGUGCAUGGAGGGGAAUUUGUGCGUACAGGAACAUUGGAUAAGCCUCCGGAAGUACUGUUAAAGGCACUAGCACGAUUGCAGGCCCAGCAUAUGGUACAUGGAAGCACGGCUCAUCUCAUUCAUCAGCAAGUCCUAAAAAGGUAUCCGCUUCUUCAAGAGGAGUUCUCCUGUCCUGAUCCUAUAGAGGACCGCUUAUUUGUUUCGGACUACUACCAUAGGGAUGCUUCUGAUCCGAAUUGUUAUAAAUGUGAUCCAGCAAUGUUACAGAGCCGAUACCACCGGACUGAUAACAAAACCAGAGUCUUCUACGGUCUGAUUGCAUCCGCAAAUCAGGUUAUAAAAGACUCAAAACUGAGGGAUGAGCUGGCGCAGCGUUAUGGAAUCCUGUGCUUUGAAAUGGAAGCCGCGGGUGUGAUGAAUGUGUUCCCUUCGUUGGUGAUUCGUGGGGUUUGUGAUUAUUCGGACUCACACAAGAAUAAGCGUUGGCAAGGCUAUGCAGCAAUGGCAGCGGCAUCUUAUGCUAAAGAGUUGAUUCUAUUUAUGCCAUUGUUUGACGUGGCGAAUUCAGGACAGGUCGACAUAGUGUCUGUUCAAGAAAGUCUGGAAGCUACAAUAUGGGAGAAUGCGAAGCAGCAAACAGUGGCUUCAUUCUAUGGCACAUCGCCAGCGCCUAUGGACACCCCGGAAUCAGAUCCCAUCAAGAAAUUUAAAUCAAAAGUCUGGGAAAGCCCAUCAGAGUAUCACAACACCUUUUCCAAUCCGGAAAGACCUGAGGACAUUCAUGCAAUCAGUUUAUCUCACUUCAGCUCUCAAUUCGGCUCAAGUGACUCAUACCACUACAAAACAGCGUCAGAUACCUAUGACAGUUUGAAAGGAGUUAGCAACACAUUCAGUAGGGUCGGGCCAAGUUCUGAAAGAAUUCUAGAGAAGAUAUCGCCUGAGAUAGAUCCUCGAGAGGUCCUAAAUAUUCGAUCUUCGAUGGCUCGCAAAGAACGCUUGUGGCAUCCCUGGCCGUGCGAUUGUAUCCAGUUAGUCGGUUGUCUGGACCUUUGGUUCAGAAAUGCGUCACCACCUUUAGUAGUGGCGCCGGCAUCCGGUGCUCGUACCAGAGUCAAAGAUCUGGCUGUGGAAAUCAUCAGAUUCUUGAUACAAUGGAAGGAGAUAUAUGGGUCCAAUUACAAAGUACUAUGGGCUCUAGGAUUGAGUGAUCCCGAUCGCCCAAAGAAUGCAUUACUUAAGUCUCUCAUAUUCUCGAUCAGCAAGGCUUACCCGGAAGAAUUCCAUCGGACAUUAUCUCGAACUGAGAUUAUAUCCGAUAUUGAAGACAAAGACGAAGAACUAUGGCUAUUGCUGCAUUUGUUGAUGUCUAGUAUCACCAAUGCUUUUGUCAUAGUAGAUCCCGAAGACUACCAUUUUCUCUCAAGGAUAUUAAAUCUUGCCAAUGAGUGCUACAACACUAGUGCUACGAGCAACAAAGUCAGAUUUUUCAUCGUCUUCAACGACGUGACGAAUGAGAUACGAUACCCUAGGACCAUCCAGGUACCGCCGCCACCGCCACGGGCGAGGAUGCAAAAUUCAACUCUGGAACCGUAUGGCUGGAAGCUUUUUACACCUGGAUUUUGA